UUAAUACAAAAAGAUUUAAAAAUAGAUAUUGAAGAUUAAAUAAUUGUUACUAAAAGUGGAUUUAAAGUUGAGUAAGAUGAUAUUUUAGGAGAUAUUGAAAAAGACAAUGCAUUAUCUUAAACAUAAAGGACUGUAGACUAAUAAAAGCAUAAAUCAUAUUAUGUAAUAAAUAUAUAAAUAUAUAUAUAUAUAUACAUUUUUACAUUUUAGGUUUUAUUUGUAUUUAGUGAAAGUAUUUUAUUAGAAUAAUAUGACUAAUAAUAGCUUAUAUAUUAGCAUAAAAUGUAAAUAUAAUUAUUUAGUGAAUAAGAUGAUAAAUAAUUUAAAUUAGAUUAAAAAAUUGUUGAAUAUGAUUACUAAACUUAAUUAGAAUUACCAGAAGAUUAAAAAUAAAAAUUAAUACUUAAAGACCCUAAAAUAUUAGAUUUAGAAUAAUUAGUUUUCUAAAAUUAUUUGAAUAUUAAAGUAAAAUAUUAAUUUUUUAUCUUUUAUUUAUUUUAAAAAAGAAUAAAUUCUGUUUGUUUUUAUCUAGAUAAUAGAAAAUCGAAAAAGUAUGUAAAGAAAUAGGUAUUCAAUCUUCAAGUCUAGAAUCUAUAUUAAUGCGAGCAAUUAGUGAAUAUUCAAUAUGUAAGAACCGAAAAGCUGAUAUAUUAUAAAAAAUCAGAUAAAAUUAAGAAAAAAAUGU